GGGACUAUAUAUUUUUCUAUCAAAUCAAAUCAAAUAUUGCGCGCGCAGUUUCUUCUUUCUUCCGUGAAACUGCUGUUGCAGUUUUCAUUAGGUACAACAAAGGAGUGUAUAGAUCAUCAUGAAGAGAAGAUAUGAAGGAUUCGCCGUGGGAAUCGAUCUGGGCACGACGUAUUCAUGCGUCGGAGUGUGGCAGGAUCAACACAGGAGAGUGGAGAUUAUCCACAACGAUCAAGGCAACAAGACAACACCUUCUUUUGUUGCUUUCACUGAAAAUCAAAGGUUGAUUGGUGAUACUGCUCUAAAUCAGGCUUCUGCUAACCCAGACAACACUGUUUUUGAUGCAAAGAGAUUAAUUGGUAGGAAAUUCAGUGAUCCUGUGGUUCAAAAUGAUGUGAUGUUGUGGCCAUUCAAGGUCAUUGCUGGUGUUAACGACAACCCUAUGAUUGUUGUUAAGUACAAAGGUCAGGAGAAGAAGCUUUCAGCUGAGGAAAUCUCAUCUAUGGUCCUCACAAAGAUGCGGGAGAGUGCAGAGGCAUAUUUGGAAGCCCCUGUGAAGAAUGCUGUUAUUACUGUGCCUGCUUACUUCAAUGAUGCCCAGAGAAAAGCCACCAUAGAUGCCGGUACCAUUGCUGGCCUCAAUGUUAUGCGGAUAAUCAAUGAACCCACUGCUGCAGCUCUUGCAUAUGGCCUUGACAAGAGAAUCGACUGUGUUGGAGAACGGAAUAUUUUUGUAUUUGAUCUUGGUGGAGGUACUUUUGAUGUGUCUCUCCUUACAAUUAAGGAUAAGGUCUUCAGAGUUAGGGCCACGGCUGGAAACACUCACCUUGGGGGAGCGGACUUUGACAACAGAAUGGUGGACUACUUUGUAGAAGAGUUUAAAAGAAAGAACAAAGUUGACAUUAGAGGGAACUCAAGAGCACUAAGGAGGUUGAGAAAUGCGUGUGAGAAGGCGAAAAGGACACUCUCUUAUGCUGUUGUCACAACAAUGGAGAUAGAUGGCUUGUUUCAGGGCAUUGACUUCCAUUCGUCGAUUACUCGUGCCAAGUUUGAGGAGAUCAAUAUGAAUCUUUUUGAAGAGUGUAUAAAGACUGUUGACAGGUGUCUUAAUGAUGCUAAGAUGGACAAGAGUAGUGUGGAUGAUGCUGUCCUUGUUGGUGGUUCUUCUAGGAUUCCCAAAGUGCAGCAGUUAUUGCAGGACUUCUUCAAAGGAAAGGAACUGUGCAAGAGCAUUAACCCUGAUGAGGCUGUUGCUUAUGGUGCAGCGGUCCAGGCUGCAUUGUUGAGCGAGGGCAUUAAGAAUGUUCCAAACUUGGUCCUAUUAGACGUUACCCCGCUGUCCUUAGGUUGGGGGCUAAUAAGAGAUCGCAUGAGUGUAGUGAUUCCUAAGAAUACUGCUAUUCCGGUGAAGGAGACAAAAGAAUACGUUACAGUUAAAGAUAACCAACCCGGUCUCUUGAUUAAGGUUUAUGAGGGUGAGAGAACAAGAGCCAGUGAUAACCAUUGUCUGGGUUGUUUUACUCUUUCUGGCCUGCCUUCUGUUCCUCGCGGCCAUCCUUACAAUGUAUGCUUUGCUAUCGAUGAAAAUGGCAUCCUAACUGUUUCUGCGGAGGAAAAAACCACUGGAAAUAAGAGCAAGAUUACCAUAACUAAUGACAAAGGAAGACUGUCAUCCAAAGCAAUUCAGAGAAUGAUUGAAGAGGCUGCAAUAUACAAUGAUGAUGAUAAGAAGUUCCUCAGGAAGGCCAAUGCAAUGAAUGCUUUGGAUGAUUACGUUUACAAGAUUAGGAAUGCAUUACAAAAGGAAGGUAUCAAUCCAAAGCUUUGCUUACAAGAAAAUGAGAAGAUCAAUUCUGCUAUUACCAAGGCCACGAAUUUGCUUGGUGAUAGUAACCAACAGGGUGAACUAGAUGUGAUUGAGGAUUAUGUGAAGGAGCUUGAGAGCAUCUUUGAAGACAUUAUGGGCAAGAUUGGCUAGUUCCUUUUCAGUUUAAGAUUUUUGUACUGUGCUGAAUGCCCCUUUGUAUAUGAUAAAUGCAAACUUUUAUGAUCCAUAUUAUCUAA